AUGGCGCUUUUAAAGCCUCUUGUCCUUUUGGGACUACUGCAGUUUGUUAACGCUGCGGCCACGAAAACUUCUGCCCCGAAGAUAAGCUGGGGAUGUCCGACUGGAAUUCCAGCUGGUGUUGAUUGUGGAAGUAUCAAGGUCCCUCUUGCGUACCAGAGCGGUAAUUCUACGUCUGCCAAGGGAGAUGAUACAGUUGAUUUGGUUUUCACGCGCUUGAACCAUACUGGCAUAGGCGAGAAACGUGGUAUUCUGUUCUUCAACACUGGUGGACCUGGGGCAUCUGGUGCCGUCACGGUCGCUGGAUCACCAUACGUCCGGCAGCUCUCUUUCUCAGUUGAACUUCGAAAUGCCUAUGAUAUCAUCGGCCUUGAUCCCCGUGGUGUUGGCGUAAGCAGUCCUGUGAGAUGCGAUCCCAAGGUCUUCAACAAAAGGGUCAAGACUUUCGUUACUACGGAUAAAGAGUACGCUGCGUUAUUCAACUACAGUCGAAGCGUGGGUGAGAGCUGUGCUAAACUCACUGGUCCUCUCAUCAAACAUCUCGAUUCCGUCCAUGUUGCAAAGGACCAUGAAAUCGUGCGCAAAGCUCUGGGUUCUGAAAAGUUCAACUAUCUUGGCCUCUCAUACGGUACACUCCUCGGUGCAACAUACGCAUCUCUAUUCCCCAAAUCCGUGGGUCGUAUGGCUCUCGACGCAAACGUGGACCACUCCCAGUCCGAGAUAGCAACUCUCCUCGCAGAAGCAACCGCCUACGAGACAGUCCUCGACCAAUUCUUCAAAUGGUGUGAUAGGAACUCAACAUGCGCGCUUCACGGGAAGAAUGCCAGCCGCGUCUGGGAUGAAACCCUCGCUCGCGCUGAUUCCAAAGCCAUUCCUGCACCUGGUUGCAAGGGGACAUGUCGCUCUGACGUGACCGGUGAAGAAAUUCGAUACAACGCACAAGAGUUUCUUAGCUUUGUUGAUCUGAACCUUGGGGGCGGGUCUAGCUGGGUCGGUCUCGGAAAUGCUAUUCUUCAAGCCAGCAAAGGAAACGCCACUGCGCUGUCGACAUCAACUCCCAAUGAUACAAUUGUCGAUGAUCCGAGUGGUUCUCCAUAUAGUUACCUUGCCAUCGGAUGUCAAGAUUGGUUGCACAAGUCCAAGACGUCAGUAGACUUGCGCCAGAAGCUCACCAACGCGGUGACGUUUGCGCCAAGAACAAGGGGUGCCACGCAGACGUAUUACUAUGAGAGUACAUGCAUCGGCUGGCCUGCACCGUUGACAAAUCCACAAGGACCUUUGGCAGCUGGUAUCAAGAACGCCCCUACUAUUCUGAUUGCGGCUUCGGUGUAUGAUCCUGAGACGAGUCUUACCUGGGCUGAGGGGGUGAGAGAGCAGUUGACGCGUAGAGUGAGUAUUACGAGGAAUGGAGCUGGGCAUACGAGUCACUACCUUAAGGGUGAUACUAGGAAGGCUAUUGACAGAUAUUUGGCCACUGGAAAGCUGCCUAAAGAUGGUACAGUUUACAAGACUUGA